CGGAGGGCGUUCGCCGUCGUCUUCCGGACCUUCGGCACAGACCUGCCCCGUGCCCUCCGGGCAGUCAGCUGUGCCCUGGCCGGGCAGCACCCCCAGUUCCCUGCCCUGCGGGAUGUGGAGCUCCCUGUGGAUCUCACCCCUGGCCAAAUACGCUGCAGCAAGCGAGAGGUGGUGCUGACAAGGGGAGCAGAGCGACUGGCCACCCGGGAAGAUGGAAGAAAGCUUUACGACUACUUCAGCUCCUUUGAGGGAAUUGGAGGCUUCCAAGACCACUUUGACUGGUGGGCCAGAAAUCAGUUCUCUUCCCGGGGUGGGAAGCCCCUGUGGAUUGACCCCCACGAUCCCGGCGUUCACCACAUCUUCAUCGAUGACAACAUCCGGCUGGAUGAUGCAGACACCAUUGUUCAUCCCCAGGUGUUCUUGGAGCGGGGCAGCAGCAGCCCCAGGCGCGCUCCCACCUCGGAGCUGUACGACGUUUGCCUGGUGCAGACCGACCUGCUGGAGGCCAUCGCUGACGAGGACUAUUUCCUGCGCUGCGUGAGGAGGUGCGAGGAGAACUACGACCGCUACCUGGCCUGCACGGAGAUGGACACCCUGAGCCAGCAGUGGGACGGACAGUGAUGCCACCUUGCAGGGCCGAGGGGCUCUGGACUGAGA